AUGUUGGUAAAAAAAACGAGAAACGUUAUUUUUUUAUUGUUAUCGCGAAUGAUGACGAUGUAUGCGGCCACGCUGCAACUUCAAUCGAUUCAGCCGCUGCUACAAACACAGUCCUCUUUGCAACAGCAGUUACUGGCUUUGCAGCAGCUCCAGUUGAUCCAGAAAUUGAAUGCUUUGCAAGCGCCGAAAUUAACGAAACCUCGUCCGCUACUUAUCUUACUACCGAAGAUGCACGCUAAUACAGAAAACCUUUACAAAAACCUAGAAAAGGCUAACAUACAAGAAGAUCACGUCAUAAAAUCAACCUUCGAAGACGGAGACACAGAUUCUAUAGUCAUUGACGCAGAGAGAGAGCAACAAACAGAAAAUGGACAGAAAGCAAUAUUAUUGAUUCCUAACGACGCUAGAUUUUCUAUCGGUGGUUUCAUUUCCAGUAUACCGUUUCUUCCUAUAGAAAUCAAUGUUCCCGAUUCUAUAUCUUGGGUAUACAAUGGUAUAUCUAGUAUAAUAUCGGGGAUAGGUCAAAGAUUUCGACCUCAAAAUACUGAUGAAAUGGAAGAUAUGGGUCAAGGGGGACAGGAUUUGAGAGUUAAUUUACCUCACAUUAGACAGGUUAUGCCUAUUAUUGUUAUGCCUAUGGGACAAGCUUUGCAAUAA